AUGACUCCUUCGCUCGACUCCUUCGCUGAGCCUGCUACCUCAGCUGCGGGGUCUGCUAUGCCCCAUCAGCAGCAGCACCAUACAGAUGACGCUAACGUCGACGUAUCACUUGGAUUCUUUCGCCUAACCCCUAUCCCAACCAUAAUAUUGGAUGCUUCAUCAAUUGUCCGGCAAGUCUCAGAAACCUAUCUUCAGAUUUCGGGUAAUGCCAGACGCGAACAUGUCCUCGGCCGGCCACUGCAUGACUUGCUUGGCUCAACAUUACUACUUCCUUCGCUUUCAUUGUUCCACAAAACGAUCGAGACUGUCCAUGAAUCAAGGCAGCCAUGUAAGCAAAGCCAAAUUCACCAAGAUGGCACAGCGUGGACAAUUCGUGCUGUUCCAAUUUACAGCGCGAAUGGUCUUCAAUACAUCCACUUAGAACUCGAAGAUACCACAGCCGAGCAUCAAAAGCAAUUAGAGCUUCAGGAGGAGCUUCAUGCCAACGAGACCUUUCGAAUUCUGGUACAGUCUGUGAAAGACUAUGCUAUAUUCUUACUUGAUAAGGAUGGCAAUGUGAUGACAUGGAAUCCUGGUGCAGAGAGGUUCAAGGGGUACUCGAAGGAAGAGAUCAUGGGGAAGCACUUUUCGACUUUUUAUUGUAAAGAGGAUCUCGAGAAUGGGAAGCCGCAAAAGGAGCUUGCAGAUGCCGUACGGGACGGCCGCCUUGAAGACGAAGGCUGGAGGUAUCGGAAAGACGGGUCCAAAUUUUGGGCAAAUGUCAUCAUCACUCCGAUAUAUCGUGGAGAAAGCUUGAUAGGCUUUGUAAAGGUUUCCCGCGAUCUCACAGAGCGUCGCAAGGUAGAGGCAGACUUAAUUACUGCUUUUCAAGAGUCUUCGCAAUUGAAGUCUGAAUUCCUGGCAAAUAUGAGCCACGAGAUCCGCACACCAAUGCAUGGUAUGCUGUCAGCUCUCACUCUCCUUCUUGAUACAUCUUUGGAUUCCGAACAACUAGAGUUGGCACGACUCAUCGAAGAAUCCGGAGACAUUCUUAUGCAAGUAAUCAACGACAUCCUCGAUUACUCGAAACUUACCCACGGAGGCUUUUCAAUCAGCCGUGACAUCAUAAAUAUACCAGACAUAGUUCAGUCUGUCUUUAAGAUGCACGAGAAAAGCUGUGGGUCUAGAUUAAGCCUGGGCAUUGAUAUUGACCCACGGCUUCCUACAGCUGCUGAAGGAGACAGUCUUCGAUAUCGUCAGAUUGUACAAAACCUUCUAUCCAAUGCUACCAAAUUUACCGACGAAGGAUACGUUCUUGUCAAAGCAGCCUUGGAGGACGAAGACGAUGAAAGAUACACAAUAAUAACAGAGGUUAUCGACACUGGUGUGGGCAUUCCAUCAGAUGCCUCGAACUCGCUCUUCAAACCGUUUGUGCAAUUUGACAACUCCGCCACGAAGAGAUUCAAAGGUACCGGGCUUGGAUUGAGCAUAUGCAAGAGCCUUGCGGAACUGAUGGAUGGCCGGAUUGGUUAUCGCCCCAAUCCCGAAGGCUGUGGAAGUAUCUUCUCGUUUACUGCACAACUUAAGAAAGUACACCAAUACAGCGUGGUAACCCCCAUCCAAGACGGCGAUGUCGACGAAAACGCAUGUAAGAGUAAUCUUGCAGAGAGAUUGAGGACAAUAGCGGCCGAUACAAAUGUGCUCAUUGCAGAGGACAACCCAAUCAAUCAAAAAGUCAUCUUGAAAAUCCUUCAAGGACUUGGCUUCACCAACAUUGAUCUCGCGAUCAAUGGGAGAGAAGCCGCCAAAAUGGCCAUUGAAGCCUGCCCACCAUACAAAAUUAUCCUUAUGGACAUAAACAUGCCGGGUCUUGACGGCGCGAGUGCCACUAAGGCGAUCCGAGAUGCUGGUAUGGUCAUGCCGAUUGUGGCAAUGACAGCCAACGCUCUCAAAGGCCAAGCUGAGGCCUACCUUGCGAAGGGAAUGUCGGCGUAUAUCUCAAAACCAGUCGACCGCGACAUCUUGGUGAAGACAUUGUUACGAUGUCUGAAAGACGAUUGA